CGACCCCUGUAAUAUGCAUGCGGACGCCCGACUGCGACUAGGGGGUUAUUUGGCCUGGCUAUCUUCCCUUCCUUCUUGCUUUGACGUCGAUUCGCCGCCUAGAGAAAAGCGCGUUCUGAAUUUGCGAAUUUUUGCAAAAGUACCGCGGAUCGCACGGACGUCGACUUCUUCUCGUCUAUCUCGCCUGCUUCGCUCUAAAUCGCAUCGAUGAUCUCCGCCAACUCGCACCUGACCCGCCUUCUCCAUUCCAAGCUAGGCAUGGCAUGAUUGAUCCACAAGCGUUGUUCUCGACCCGGGAGCCGUUUUGUGAUCCCUAAGAGUAGCCUUUCAUUUCUAUUCAAUACCCUCGUUAACGUCAACCUAUAUGCCAUAUUACCACCGACCACUAACAAGACCAAACUUCUUUCUGCCCUUAAAUACUCACGAUCCUUCGUUCUCCAUCGUCUUUCAAUUCCAACUUAACCAUGUCCGACAUUGAAAAAGGCGUUUCCUCCAGCUCGAACGGCGCUGGCGCUCUCCAGGCCAGCCCGCCUCCCCAUAGCACCGCCGUGCUGCGCCCGACACGUAUCGCCAAUGCCGGCACCCUCGGCUUGUUCUCCUUUGCCUCGACGACGUUUAUCCUCUCCAUGUACAACGUCCAAACUCGCGGGAUAAAAACGCCCAAUGUCGUCGUCGGAAUGGCCAUUUUCUGCGGCGGGCUGACUCAGCUGUUGGCUGGCAUGUGGGAGUUUCCUCGAGGCAACGCAUUUGGCGGGACAGCUUUCUCCUCCUAUGGCGCUUUCUGGAUGUCCUAUGCCACUAUCUUCAUCCCCAACUCUGGCAUUCUCGAUGCAUAUGGCACAGAUACUUCCGAGCUCGCCUCUGCGCUCGGUGUGUAUCUCUUCACCUGGAUGAUAGUCACCAUUCUGUUCCUCAUCACCUCGCUCCGCAAGUCUGCCGCGUUCGUCGCCCUCUUCGGCUGUCUCUCUGUCACCUUUAUGUUUCUCGCCUGCUCAGAGAUCUCCGCUUCCACUACGAUCAGCACCCAUCUCGCUAAAUCAGGGGGUGCAUUUGGCAUCAUCACCGCCUUCAUCGCCUACUACGUCGGCCUCUCCGAGCUGCUCGCAUCAGAGGCCAAGGCAGUUACCGUACUCCCCAUUGGCGCUUUCUAGCUCCUUAAUCAUACCAUUAUACCUCCAUACGUUCUAGUACCCAUAAUUAUCAUGACGUGUUCCAUUCCACAUGCUAUAUCAUCACAUCAUGAGACUUUUCCAAUUUACCAUAACCCGUGCUACGAUUCUACAAAUAUCAUUAGCGCCUCACCAUGCGUACUUCCGCUGCUGAUCCAGAUCCGCCUCCACAAAAGUCAGCUGGUAAAAAAAAACCGAUUUUUUCCAGGACGCGCGCCCUGAC